AUGACCGAAGUGUCCAAAUUAGUCAGCAUUUAUUGGCGUAAUGAACCAGAAAUGGUCAAGGAAACUUAUAAGAAGAUUGCUCAUGACGUAGAAUUGGAGUUGAAUGAAAGACGAAGAAGAAAUGCUUCGUUUUGUAGGGUGGCUUGGAAGAACCCAGAACGUAAGAAAGAGCGUGGAACUUCAAUUAAGAAAAAAAGGAAACUUAAUGAUCUUGAUUCUGGAACUAUAACACCUGAUGCGAUUUCGAAUCAAUUCGACAAUAUUUACGAGGUUUUUCCUUCCUCUCGUGAAGAAACAAAUCUUUCUUCGAAUUCCGAAACUCGUAAAAAUUCGAUCGACAAAACUGCAGCUGUGGGUGACUCAACAGAGGUCAUUGAGUACGGCGCACCCAAUAGCAAUUAA